UGCAUGUUGCCAGGGGACACAUUACAGGGACGUACUAAAGUUACCGUCAACAUCAACUGAAGUGUCUUACCUUCCUCCCUCCCCGCGGUAUCGAGCAGCGGUCGAGCAUGAAUGUGAACCAGGGCACGGUGGGCAGCGACCCGGUCAUUCUGGCUACGGCUGGUUACGACCACACUGUCCGCUUCUGGCAGGCCCACAGCGGCAUCUGCACCCGGACCGUCCAGCACCAGGACUCCCAAGUAAAUUCACUUGAGGUGACACCAGACAGGAGUAUGAUUGCAGCUGCAGGAUAUCAGCACAUCCGCAUGUAUGACCUGAACUCCAACAACCCCAACCCUGUGAUCAACUAUGAUGGAGUAACUAAGAACAUCACGUCUGUGGGCUUUCAUGAAGAUGGCCGCUGGAUGUACACGGGGGGAGAGGACUGCAUGGCUCGCAUCUGGGACCUGAGGUCAAGAAAUCUUCAGUGUCAGAGGAUUUUUCAAGUCAACGCUCCAAUCAACUGUGUGUGCCUGCAUCCUAACCAGGCCGAGCUGAUUGUAGGAGACCAGAGUGGAGUGAUUCACAUCUGGGAUCUCAAGACCGACCACAACGAACAGCUGAUUCCUGAGCCCGAGGUCUCGAUCAACUCAGUCCACAUUGACCCAGAUGCCAGUUACAUGGCGGCAGUCAACAGCUCGGGAAACUGUUACGUGUGGAACCUGGCUGGAGGCAUCGGAGACGAGGUGACUCAGCUCAUUCCCAAGACUAAGAUCCCAGCACACAAACGCUACUCGCUCCGCUGCAAGUUCAGCCCGGAUUCAACACUACUCGCCACCUGCUCAGCAGAUCAGACCUGUAAGAUCUGGAGAACGUCCAAUUUCUCCCUCAUGACUGAACUGAGCAUCAAGAGCAACAACCCAGGAGAGACGUCGAGAGGCUGGAUGUGGGACUGCGCCUUCUCUGGAGACUCCCAGUAUAUUGUGACUGCCUCCUCCGACAACCUGGCUCGCCUGUGGUGUGUGGAGACCGGCGAGAUCAAGAGGGAAUACAGUGGCCACCAGAAGGCUGUGGUGUGUCUGGCCUUCAAUGACAGCGUGCUGGGCUGAAGAGGAAGGAGGGGAACUGACCCGAUGUGGCAGACGGUCCCCGCGGGGGGUGGCAUAAAGACUCUUUGGGAAAUGUGACUCAAAUCUCAGACGAUGUAUGUCUGUUGGCAUCAAUGGGAAUUAAAAACAAAUUCUCCUUGAAAUUAUCUCGGAAAGAAGCAGGGGCUUGUUUGAACGUAAUGACGGUUCUUCCUGCCAGGCGCCUGUAAGUAUUCAAUUAUGGACUUGAGGUUGGAGUCUGAUGAAAAUACACAAGCGUGUUUAUCCCCACAGGUUUUAACUUCAUUUCUCUGGGCAGAAACACAACCAAUUUCAAGUCUUUGUUUUUAUAGCACACUGUAUUUAUUGAAUCAAAAAGGACCACGUUAUUCUUCACCUUCACGCUUUUUAGUUCUCAUGGAAUUGAUUAAUCUCAUGUAUGAUAAUUCCUUUAAUGCUCUAUGUUUAAAGGUGUACUAUUCUUAAUGAUCCCAUGUGGAUUGAGAAUAAAUGGUGAUGGAGAGUGUC